CUUACUCUCACCAAUUCUAAGCUCAACACAAUCGCAUCCCUUUCCCAUAGUAUACUGUGUUAUCUUCUCUUCACGACUCUGUUCUCGACGAAGUUCGUCAACUCAUAUGCCUCCCUGAUGACGCCUCGAUGACCUACAUCCCAACACCAAGGCGCAUCGUGCCUGGAUGCCCGUCCUGAAUCCUUUUCUGCGCGCGCUCUUUCAGAGUAGUGUGCUAGGGCAUGCUCUAGCAUCGCAGAAUUAUGUCCUACUCGUACCUACCACCGAGUCGCUUCUAUACGGCCAGGACCGUGAGACGAACAAGCGCUAUGCGGACCAGGCUGACGAUGAGGACUUCCUGGGGAGUCACAUCCUGCGCAUCACUCCCCCGACGGCAGGGAAAGAGGGAAAUGUCCGUGAUAACCGUGGGAAAGCGAAAACUUACGCCACGGUCAAUGGGAGGUCUGUGAUAUUGAAAGAGAAUAUCGUGUAUACGAAUAAGGGGUUCAAACAGUUGACCCAGGCUACACUUUUGACCGAUUUGUUAUACUAUUCUUCAGGGACUGAAAUGCAGCAAUGGCUUGUUUAUUAUAUCAGCAAACCUCUGACUGGGGUCUUCGAGGCAUUACCUAUCAAACCAGCCAUCAUCGGACAGAGUAAACUGCUUCCUCCGCCAUCCGCGACUUCGUCCUCGGCCGAGCCAACCCCGAGGAAGAAAGACAUCAAGACGUUCAACGAGUUGCUCAAUAGCUUUCCCAUGAUCGCGCGACAAAUGCAACCUGGCUUAGAGAGGUUGUUUAAUGAGUUUGGCAAAGAGCUGGGCAAGCCGUUGCCUCCACCCCCAUCACGCAGCCCAACUUUAGGUUCUCUAGAUGGCGUAACCCAGACUUCGGAAAACGGCUCGAUCAAGUCCAACGGCUCUCUUAAACUGCCCUUUAAUUCCGCAGCGUACUUCGAGGACGAGGAAGAUUUGAUGCGUCGAGCACUGGAGACAGCAGUUACGGCCGCAAUUGAUUUGUUCCAGGAUGUCGACAAGCAGCAGCUGUCGUAUCUCGGCGCUACCACCGACUUGACUGGUCCCGACGUUGAGCGACUGAUUGAGAGAUACGUGGCAGAGUAUGUUCACGAUCAACUGCUGUUCCCACGAUUGUGCGCCUUUUACAAAGCUCAAGAUCAAGAACUCGACCGACGAAUGCGCCAGAUGGAUUGCCUGGACGUCUCUCAAGUUGGAAUUGCAAUUGAAGAUGGACAAAAAGGCAAGCGGGAUUUAAUAGGCAGAAUAAACCGCGGAGUUGCUGUCUUUCGCAAGAUGGGAGUUGCCAGCAGUCCUCAAGAAAUGCUCGAUACUCUGCUUGAAACUCAGAGGGUGGUCUCUGAACAAGGCAUCACGGAUGAAGAAAAGCGAGCGGCAGCGAUGACAAUCAAUGCUGAUAUCCUGGUGUCCCUUCUACUCCUUGUUGUCAUCCGGUCUUCCGUAAGACAUCUCCAGGCCAGACUGGCAUACAUGCAGCGCUUCAUCUACAUCGAUGAUGUCGAAAGUGGCGAAAUAGGAUACUCGUUGAGUACACUGGAGGCCGUCUUGACCUAUCUCGCACGAGAUGCAGGUGGCUUACGCAAGGCAUCUAAACAAAACCAGAUGCUCUGGAACGCGGUCAAGGACGGCAGGGUUGAAGACGUGAAGUCUGUCUUUGAAGAAUCAGCCAUCCUCACCGAUGACUUUAUGGAUGAACCUAUCGAGCUCUCGCUUUCAAGAAAGACGACACUGUCCGCAGUUUCGACUCCUCGGGAUUCUCUUUCACGGACAAACUCUAGUGAAGGUGGCCUAGCACAUGUCUUUCCAUUUCAAGCCGCGGAGAGAAGUCUGUCUACGCCCAAACAGAAGAAAAAAGUCAAGAUGGCGGCUAGGAGCAUGUCGAUAUCUUCAGCCUUUUCACUCUCGUCUAGAGCUGCUACAAUUGAGACCAGUCUCAGUGGUAUCGAAGGGGAUACAUCUGUUCAAAGCCUGGCACAAACGCAAGACGGAGUUGGUAAUUCUGUGCUUAUGAUGGCCGUGGAAAGUCAACAGCCACAAUCCUUACUGUAUCUGUUAAGUCUUCACGAACAUUACGGGACGGAAGACAUCCUCGACGAUACCACUCAAGAUGGAGCAACCCUACUCAGUGCAGCAGUCCAAGGUGCGAAUACUGAGCUGGUCAAUAUUCUUCUCGAUUUUGCCGAGCAGAAUACCAACGAGACACGCUUCAGGGAAUACCUCGCCGUCAAAGAUUCUCGAGGGCGCAGUGUGGCCCACUAUAUCUUUAACACCCCUAGCUUGAUCAAAAGACUUGCCAAUGUGCUACCCUGGCGACAAAAAGAUAAAAUCGGACAUACACCUCUCUUUGCGAUUUGUCGAACGUACGACCAUAACGAAUAUAGCAAUAUGGUUUCUGAAGCUCUUAUAGCCGCGAAGCAGGCCCAGGGUGACGACGGUCCAUUACGGUUGGAAGACCACACUGACAACAAGGGCAACUCCUUGCUUCAUAUCGUCAAUGAUGCAACAAUAAUGCAGCGCUUACUUCAAUACUGCGAGGUCGAUGUGAAUGCCAUGAAUGACAAGAAGUUUACUCCUUUGAUGCUUGCAAGCAAAUAUGGCCGGAUUGAUAUGGUGCGCAUAUUUCUUGGCGACUCGAGAAUAGACACACAUCUCCGCGAAGCAAGAGGUUUGACGGCUGUCGAAUUGGCCAAAGAUGACGAGGUGCGAAAUCGCAUCGACGAUCUAACCCUCUUUUCACCUUCAAAUGUGGCAGACAUGACCGGCCGUAUAACAUCCAUAGUCCGGUCUUUCUUUGUCGAGGAUGGCUCAACGCGGUACAUCUUGAAGUCUGGCGCACCGAAUCCGGCUGUGUCAAGCACGACCUACACCAUUACCACGAGUCGCCGAGCUCUCCAGGACUUUGAAAACCUUGCCAAAUGGCUUUCGAUGGAUCACCCGGCCUCCUACAUGCCCACGGUUCUCGCCUCGAAUUUCCGUAGUCCAUUUCAACUUCACUCACGCCCUUCCCGUGCCGUUCUGUACGACGCCCAAACUCAUCUCGACCGAUUCCUCAAGAUCCUCAUGAAUCACCCGACUUUCUCCACGCACGAAAUGCUCUGGGAGUUUUUCCUCGUGCCCGACAUGCUUCCGGACCAGAUGGCCGAGCGUGCACGCCUCAAGGCCGAGCUCGUGCAGGAAAAGAUCAGCGAUGAUUACGAGCCACUCACCAACCAUGGCGAUGUUCUUGCCGUGGACAAUCUUAUCUCGCAUUCUCGCGAAAUGGUCCGUCGUGUGAACAACAGUACCCGUGCCAUUGUCCGACGGGGACACUUGUAUGUCCAAGCGCAGGCAGAUUUGGCCGAGAGUUUGAGUUUGUGCGCUGUGGCAUUUGCGUCCAUGGGGACACCGGCGACGACUUUGCCCAGGAUCCACGUCGAUACAUUCAUCCGUGUGGCGAGUCAGAUGCACACGGAGAACGCAUCGAAUCCAUUGGCAAGUUAUGUUUUGAGCAUGAGCAGCUUCCACAGUACGAUUGCGGCGGUGCAAGGUGCAUUGCUUCGACCUGGUCAACUUAUUGAACGGAUCGGCACGUUACAGAAGAGUAUUGACAAGGGAAGGUUGAACUUGGCCAAUGGCCAGGUGGUCAGGAAGGGCGUCCUCGGUGGUAUCAAUUUCCCUGGGAGUGAGGAAAGCAAGGCCAAAGCAAAGAGGGAUGUAGAAAAGAAGAUUGCAAAGAAUGAAAUUGAAGUUGACAUGUUGGGGAGAGAAUUGAGAUAUACACAGGAAGUCGUGGUUAGUGAACUCGCAGGUUGGACUACGUGGAGAGAGAGUUGGGGGAAAGAAGAGGUCAAGAGGUUGGCUUCGGCCAUGGUGGUGAGGGAGAGAGAAAGACUGAAUGGGAUGCAGAGAGCCCUUAGAGCUUUGAAGGAGGCGUAGAAAUUGUGGACGGGUAUUUGGAUAAUCGACUGGAAAAAGGAGCUGAGAGGGGGUUUAGAUGGAUUGAAGAUAUUAGCCCCCCAUUGCUGGCGAAAGAAGAAAUAUGGAUUGAUGGAUUGAACUGGGAGUAUUACAUCUAUAUGGAAGUAUCUAGGUCGUAGCAGUAGGGGUGAUGAUAGACUGCCCUACCGAGUCAGUACUCUCUAGUAUUGGUAUUAGUAUUACCAGAUGUUACAAAAUAUUGAGGUACC